ACCGGUAAAAACGUAUAUGUCUUAUAUAGAACAAAGAAGUAUCAAAAUGUAUAGUGAAAAGGUGGAAAUUACAACAGAAACAGAAAUAGAUUGAUAAUUAUUCAACAGAUCAUCAACUAUUUGCAUUUAGAACAUUGUUUAGUAUAACUGAAUAUGGAUAGAUCCAAAAGAUGUGCGGACAAAAACCUAACAGACGAUGAUGACAAAUCUUCCGAUUCUUCAGAAGAAACGUUAACUAAUGGUUUUGUAGAAGACAUUCGUAUGGAAAGAGAAGAUUCGACAUCAUCCGGGGAGAACUUUGUUCUAUCUAGAAUGAAAAAGAAAGUUUUAUAUUUGACAGAAAACCAAGAAAACGAAAGUCCACGAAGAUCAAUUAAUAAAGCAUCUAGGCAUUCAACUUUAAGACCUUUCUAUGAAAAUGAAAAAUAUGCUGACGCAUCAAGACUGCUCCGAUCUAAAGUGAAUGAAGAUGAAGAUUCACAUUAUAAUUAUAAUCCUGAUGAAAUAGAAAACCAUGCUAUUAUCAAAACCAUUAUGGUGGGAAGUGAUUAUCAAGCUCAAGUACCAGAAGGACUUUGUCACUAUGAUGAUGCCUUACCUUAUGAAAAUGAUGAUAAAUUGAUUUGGGAUCCUACUAUUAUUGAAAACGCUGCAGUGGAAGAUUAUCUCCGUAAAGCGGAAACUAUCCAGAAACCGUCUUUGCCUCUGGGAAGUCAUCUGAGGGAUAAUGAGCAAUUCCUAUUUUUGUUGCAGCAGUGUGGGCAUAAUAUUGAAGAAGCUUUGAGAAGAUUGAAAAUGAAUAUUGGAGUACAUAACGAAAAUAUGUCUCCUUGGUCUGAAGAGGAAUGUCGAAAUUUUGAAGCUGGCGUUCGAGUGUUUGGUAAAAAUUUUUAUCUGACACAGCAGAAUAAAGUACGGACGAGAUCAGUGGGAGAAUUGGUGCAGUUUUAUUAUUUAUGGAAAAAGUCAGAAAGACACGACAUAUUUGCUAAUAAGGUAAGAUUGGAGAAGAAGAAAUACGCUCUUCAUCCUGGUGUAACCGAUUUCAUGGAUAGGUUUCUGGAAGAUCAGGAUAUGCGUGAUAGUAGUUCAUCACCAAAUGUUCAAAUAGUUGAUGAUAAGAAAUGUCAAGAUAAUCUAAACUCCACUUCAAAAAACGAAACAUAACCUUUUUAUCCUAUGUAGAAAUAUUUAUUUUAUAAUAAAGCAUAGGUUUCGAAAA